UCACCUCCGACAAAUUCAAAUCAACCUCAACCGUCUCAGCCAAAUUCAAAUCAACCUCAACCGUCUCAGCCAAAUUCAAAUCAACCUCAACCGUCCCAGCCAAAUUCAAAUCAACCAAAUCAAUCUCAACCGUCACCGUCUCUGCCAAAUCCAAAUUCGGGUGAUGUGCAACCUACAUCUUCUUCUCCUCCUCCUCAUGAAUCUUCGAAUCCUCCCAUGCCUUCAAUUUCUCAAAAAAAAAUUCCUCUUAACACACAUUAUACAUCUACUGCUGAUGUUUGUUCAACUAAUCCAUAUUGUAAAACCGAUACUAACAAACAAGAUAGCGGUAAAACCGAAACUACACAAGAGCCUGAUACUAUCACGACUAUCAUGCCGGCCGGUUACGAUAGUAGAACAAUAACUUCAUUCACAAAAAGAACAGUCACAGUAACCGUUACUGUAUAUGUUCCAGGUUAUGUAACUACUGUUACUGAGUACAAGAAUGGUGAAACAAUAUCCUAUGAAACUUACUAUCCACCAAGUACUAAGAUUAUCGUGCAAGUUGUUACUUCAGUUGCACCCGCUGGUUUUGAGUUUGUAGAGAGUAAAGCAAGAAGAUUAAGUCAUUAUGGUUUGUUUGAUCGGAAUAAUGAUGGUUUAGUUAGUGUAGUUUUAAGUUUAUGGGUUGUAAUGUGGAGUUUAGUAUAUUUAAUUUUAUAA